AUGAUGCCCAAUAAUGAAAAUCCAGGUGGAUCAUCUCGCCAGCCGGGCCCACAACCGAGCCGUUACGAGUCUCAGAAGCGCCGAGAUUGGAACACGUUUGGUCAGUACCUCCGCAACCAUCGGCCGCCCGUGGGCCCACACGAGUCGGGCUACACCCACGUGCUCGACUUCAUGCGCUACCUCGACCAGUUCGGAAAGACUAAGGUCCAUGUGGACGGGUGCCCGUUUUUCGGGCAGCCCGACCCACCGGGCCCAUGCGUCUGCCCGCUCAGGCAGGCGUGGGGCAGCCUCGACGCCCUCGUGGGCCGUCUCCGUGCGGCGUACGAGGAGAACGGGGGGCUGCCCGAGUCGAACCCGUUUGCCGACCGGGCGGUUAGGGUUUAUUUGAGGGAGGUAAGGGAGGCUCAAGCAAGGGCCCGAGGAAUACCAUAUCAGAAGAAGAAAAAGAGGAGGCAGAAGCCCGAUAGCAAGGGGGAUCGGGCCGGGCCGCCCGAGGAAGAGUCGUCGUCGUUCGGGGUAUAA